GAACGAUGGAGAAGUCGCCGGAGGCCGCGCCCGCGGCGGCCGCGGAGGAGGUGGCGGUGCGGUUUAGAUCGCUCGUGGACGCCGAGGACAUUGCCAUCAGGAAGACGCAGCACCUCAUGUUGACACGAAGGGGGGCUCAUUCCAUGAGCACAUUUGCAUCGCGUGUGCAGAGAUGGGUUGACGAAUAGGACCAAGCUAUGGAGCAUGUUGUGGAUGAGGAACGGCCACACUCUGAAGAGGCUUACGCGGAGUACCUCUCGUGGUUCAUGCCUCGAACACGGAUUCUGGUCAUGUACACACUGGCCGAGCUUCCAUGGCACGUGGCGAAUAUGCACCACACGUACCUGACACACUGGGACCUGGCGCGGUCGUUUGAGAGGGACAUACUGCACCGGAUUGAUGUCGAGGCACGUGCAAUGAAGUUGCAGCUCAACAGUGGCCUCGAGGUCUCCAGGGGCGAGAUGAGUGUAGUGUUUGUCUGGAUUAUAUGGACUGUGGUGAAAGUCUUUCGAUCGAUGAGCUAUAGUUCAUCCUCGGACGUUAUGACAGGAGCACAAGCAUCGUCUCAUAUCCCCGUACGCCCGUUCGCCACAUUUAUCGAGCCGCCGCACUCACUGGUACACCCGACCUUCGCCGCUGAGCUGUCAAGGAUAUCUUCAACCUCGACUUCCUCUUCGACCCCUACUAUGGUGAGCCAGUCCUUCGUUGUGGCUGGUGGCACAUGGCCUCGACUUCCGCUCUCCGGCGUCGAUGAGCCCUUGAGAAACUAAGUUGAAAUAUAUCUUGGUUUACUUGUGAUGAGUGAUUGAUAUUGGUAUUUAUUUCGCUUGAUGAUCUUCGGUUUUGCAUGAGCUUUGAUAUGAUUUAAAUUGAUUUGGGAUUUCAUUUGAGCAUAUUGAUUAUGGACUAACUGUAAUUGGAGUCGGAGAUAUGUGUUUACUUGUCUCAUGGU